AUGAAGGCUAAACCCACCGCGGUUGGAGCCGUUACGCCCUGGUCCCUGCCCACUCCUACCUGGAUGCACGCUAGCGCUUCCGUUCCUCUCUACGUAUUGGCAGUUCUGAUUCGUGUACCAAGACGCAAGCAUACAUCAUCAUUGACGAUGCAUGUGCCCAAAGGUACGUAUGCCGCUGGUACUGGCCUCUUCAGAUGGCAACCCAGUACGUGUCACAUCAUUAAGUCUCGCAACGCCACACGUGGCGCUGCCCACUUACUGCCGUACGAGACCGCUUACUACGAGACGACUACCCGCUUCGUACGGAACUACUUCAUUAUGAGUGGUAUAAUGGUCCCGCACCGCGAGUUCUUUGGGAUACUUGUCUCUAAAGGGCCUGCGAACUGGGAGCUGCUGCACUCGUCAGGUGGUAAUUAAGCCUCUCACGGUUGCCUAAUUACAACAAUAAAAGGGCGUGUGGCUCAUUGGCAGAGCGUCUCGUUACCCCAGGCAGCGGCCUUCGGCCCUACUUGUACGGGAACGAGGAGGAGCGGGUUCAAUUCCUAUCUCGUCCACUUCUAGUUUUAUUAGUCUCUCGUCAGAGUGGGUUCGAUUCUGAACAGGGAAAAUAGAUGAAGAAAGGAGCAGUGUGCCCGGGUUAUAUAGGUAUUCACACAGACUGAUGUGGCUCCUAUCUAUUCUAGUAGAUACCUAUAAGGCCCAGGGUUUUUGAGCGUGCGGUGUAUAGGAGCAUUGUCGAACCAAAAACCCCCCUCCCAGACCCGCUUAGGUAGCUUAAUAGCAGCGAUUAGUCGAGCCUGCUACUACACGGAUAGAUUGCUAUGGAG